AUGUCUCACGGGGAGGACAGCAGAAGUAUACCUUCCAUCAACAUAACCGUCGACGUCCCCGCUACGACAGACCCACACGUGGCGUCCUCAUUGCCCCCAUCCUCAGGCUUACUCUCCCCUCAUAGUCCAUCAAAUGCAUACGGUCCCCCAUCUCCUACCCCUUCAGACGUUUCCGACUCGAGUUACAUCCCUCCUUCCCCUACGCUUUCAAAUCAUUCUGGCAACUUUCCUACCACCGUCCAGUUGCGCGAGAAUAGGCCUGAAGACAAGUCUGGCCUUUCAUCUCUCGGACUUUUGAAUCCUGGGUUGGCGACGCAUAACCGCAAGGCUAGCAACGCUACUUCAAUGACCGACGUAGAGUCGGAUUAUCGGCACGUUCCCUCAACGACGACUUCUGUUACUCAUGUUGACAUUUUUUCUCCUUCGCCUUCUCAUAGUGAGAAAAAGCCUGCCGAGUCAGAGAGCGACAACAGCAAGCCGGAGAAGGGGGGGAAGAAGGGAAAGAAGGGAAAAAAGGAUGACAAGGACGAGCCUACUUUAACAGCUCAUCAACUUGAACUGUCUCAGGACGACGCUAUUGACCCUGCACCUUUCCGCUUCAAACCAUACCAGCUUGCCCACAUUCUCGACCCUAAAAAUCUAGACGCUCUCAGAUCCUUUGGUGGAAUUGACGGACUUCUCCGAGGGCUUGGUACGGACGCAGAGCGGGGUCUAUCCAGUACAGACGCAUCGACACUUGGGGCCGAUCAUGGUCAUCGUCCAAGCUUGGGUCACAAAGAAUCUCAUCAGCAAGAAGCGCGUACCAGCUCUGAUCAUGGUAACCUACCUGAAAUUGUUUUGACUGAACCAAAUGGCAAACUCGCGUCACCCACUGGAAGUGACGAUGGUACCACUAUCUCUGCCACGCUGGAGGACAGGAGACGAGUUUUUGGCACUAAUCUUCUUCCUACCCGAGUUAGCAAGACUUUGCUACAGCUCAUGUGGACUGCUUUGAAGGACAAAGUUUUGAUACUACUCUCGAUUGCUGCUGCUAUUUCCCUUGCACUUGGUCUUUUCCAAGACUUUGGAACUCCGCGUAAACCUGGUGAACCUCCUGUAGAUUGGGUAGAAGGCGUAGCGAUCAUUAUUGCUAUCAGCAUUGUCGUUAUCGUUGGGUCAGUUAAUGAUUGGCAAAAGGAGCGUCAAUUCAAAGCUCUCAAUGAGCGUAAGGAAGAACGCGGUGUCAAAGUCAUUCGAGAUGGUAUUGAAAAAGUUAUUGAUAUCAAGGAAGUUCUCGUUGGCGACAUCGCUCUAGUGGAACCUGGAGAAAUUAUCCCUUGCGAUGGCAUAUUCAUUUCUGGUCACAACGUGAAAUGUGAUGAGUCCGGUGCUACCGGUGAAUCCGAUGCCAUCAAGAAGCUUUCGUACCACGAAGUCCUUGAACAUCAUCGUAAAGCUCUCGCUGCGGGCCAGGACCCUCACACCGGACAUACGGACUGCUUCAUGAUUUCUGGUAGCAAAGUCUUGGAGGGUGUCGGCAAAUACGUUGUCGUAGCUGUCGGUACUAAAAGCUUCAACGGUCGUAUCAUGAUGGCUUUACGUGGCGAUACCGAAAACACUCCUCUUCAGCUAAAGUUGAACGCACUCGCUGAACUUAUUGCAAAGAUUGGAUCCGUCGCCGGUUCCAUUCUAUUCUUCUCUUUAAUGAUUCGAUUCUUCGUACAGCUUGGUCAAGGAGAACCUGUGCGUAAUGCCAAUGAAAAGGGAAUUGCUUUUGUCAACAUCUUGAUCAUCUCCGUUACUUUGGUUGUCGUUGCUGUCCCCGAAGGCCUGCCUUUGGCUGUAACACUUGCGCUAGCAUUUGCGACGAAACGCAUGACAUAUGAGAACCUUCUUGUUCGCGUUCUGGGUUCAUGUGAGACCAUGGCCAACGCCUCCGUCAUCUGCACUGACAAGACUGGCACUCUCACUCAAAAUUCCAUGACUGUUGUUGCGGGUUCCAUUGGCAUUCACGCUAAAUUUGUUCGUAAUCUCGACCAGAACGCGGCGCGAUCCAACGCAGAUGAAAAGUCAGCAUCUGGCACCGAAGUUACGCGCAAACACCCGCAGGAUUUCUCCAUCGAGCUGGCUGAUCUCAACCAAGUCCUAUCACCCGCACUUCAGAAUCUCCUUAAUGAAGCCAUCGCCGUCAACUCCACUGCGUUCGAGGAUAUCGUUGCUGAGGAUCUGACACUCGCCGAUUUGCAGGGCAAGAAGAAGAAGGCCAAUGACAAUGCACCACCUGCCUCGAAGACUAUCUUUGUCGGGAGCAAGACCGAGACCGCUUUACUUGAAUUCGCCAAGGAACUUAACUGGCCUCCCUUCCAACAGACUCGCAACGCAGCCGAAAUUGUUCAAAUGAUUCCUUUCUCUAGCGAGCGCAAGGCGAUGGGCGUGGUUGUCAAGCUCCCCAACGGCGGAUAUCGUGCGUAUUUCAAGGGCGCUAGUGAGAUUCUCGCGAAGAAGUCUACUCGUCACGUUGUUGUCAACAAAGAUGGUAAACAUUCUGAAGAUGUCGAAACUGAGGCUAUCGAUGAACUUGCUCAGGACAACAUCAGUCGUACUAUCAUCUUCUAUGCUAACCAGUCUCUACGCACCAUCGCUAUUUGUUAUCGCGACUUUACCUGCUGGCCACCCACCGGUCUCUCCUACGACGAUAGCAACGAGGUUCCUUUCGAGGAUCUUGCCCGUGACUUGACCCUCAUCGGUAUAACUGGUAUUGAAGAUCCGCUCCGUGAUGGCGUCCAGGAUGCGGUCAUGAAAUGUCAUCGUGCCGGUGUCACUGUCAAGAUGUGUACUGGAGAUAAUGUUCUCACUGCUCGUUCCAUUGCUACGCAGUGCGGUAUCUUCACCAAAGGCGGUAUCAUCAUGGAAGGACCCGUUUUUCGUCAACUGAGUCAGGCCGAAAUGAUCGAGAUCGUUCCCCGUCUACAAGUCCUUGCCCGUUCAUCACCGGAAGACAAGAAAAUUCUCGUCGAAACUCUCAAGAAGAUCGGUGAAGUCGUUGGUGUCACUGGUGAUGGUACCAACGAUGGCCCUGCCCUCAAAACCGCCAAUGUUGGUUUCUCUAUGGGUAUCGCUGGAACGGAAGUGGCUAAAGAGGCGUCCGAUAUCAUCCUCAUGGAUGACAAUUUCUCGUCGAUCGUCAAGGCUAUCAUGUGGGGUCGCUGCGUCAAUGACGCUGUCCGCAAAUUCUUGCAGUUCCAGAUUUCCACCAACGUCACCGCCGUUAUUAUCACCUUCGUAUCCGCUGUCGCGUCUGUUGAGGAGGAGUCCGUCUUGUCGGCUGUCCAACUGCUUUGGAUCAACAUCAUUAUGGAUACCUUUGCAGCAUUGGCUCUUGCCACCGAUCCUGCUACCGAAAAACUCCUAGAUCGCAAGCCGGAUAAGAAAACCGCUCCUUUGUUCAGCGUCGAGAUGUACAAGAUGAUCCUGAUGCAGUCUAUUUAUCAAGUUACUAUCAUCCUUCUGUUCCACUUCCGUGGUAUCGACAUUCUUGGUUUCGAGCAUACUGAGCACCGGGAGCUUGAAAUUAAGACUCUUGUUUUCAACGCUUUCGUAUUUGCCCAAAUCUUCAACUCCGUCAACUGUAGGCGACUUGAUAGCAAACUCAAUAUCUUCGAGGGCAUUACAAAGAAUCGCUUCUUCAUUGGGAUCACGUUGCUCGAAAUCGUCAUCCAGGUUCUCAUUGUUUUCGUUGGCGGUGCCGCUUUCCAGGUGACACGAAUCAGCGGACGCGAAUGGGGAAUUUCACUUGCUCUUGGAUUUGUCUCCAUUCCUUGGGGUGCCGUUAUCCGCUGUAUGCCCACCAAGCCGUUCGAGUCCUUCUUCAAGUUUAUCAGGCUGGUCGGUAAACCAGAGGUUCUUCCUACUGUCAAGCCAGACACGGAUGGGUGGAGUGGCGCUAUCAAUCUUGUUCGGGACAACCUUAGCACUUUCGCCAACAUCCGUGGCGGUCGUGUUAGGUCGUCAUCAUUUGUCCUCAAAAGUCGGUCCGCGCGUCUCAGCAACCAAAAUGACCAGAUGACAAUAUCAUCUGUUCUGACGAUGGCCCCGACGUUGAUGAUCGGCGCUGUAGCUGCAGGUCAAGCAUAUCUUCAGGCUGGUUCGUUGUCUGAUCCAGCACAUGCUGAUCCUUCGAGGUCCUCUGCUGCUCUAUGGGAGGGCAAGCUCCAGAUACACCCCGAGACAUCGAAAGAUGACCCCGUCUACCGCCAAUUCGCUGGCAAAGAAAACAUAGCCUAA